AUGGUUUCGUCGCCCGUUUCUCUCUUUCUAAUACGGAGUCUUGGUGCCGCCUCUCCCCGCUCUGGCCUGUUUGAUGAUCCUUAUGAUGAUAUUCUGUCUCAUGCGAAUAAACUCCCCGUCCCACUCUCUCCUUCCUUCCUUCCUUCCUCUUCUCUCAUCAUCACCAACCCCGUUCUGGUGAUUUUUUCCACUCUUCUCGCCGCUCUCCCACCAUUUUCUUGGAAGAGAAGCAACAACUGGGCUCCUGCUCAGUCUGGUCCCGUGGGCUCCGGCCCCAGCAGUCCUUCGGCCUCCGCGGCCGCUGCCUCCUCCCCUCCCUCGACCGCUGCCGCCGCUCCUACUCUCGCUGCCGCUGCCGUUCCCGCUCCCGCUCCCACUCCCGCUCUCACUCCUGCUCCUGCUCCCGUUCCUGCUCCUGCUCCUGCUCCUGCUCCUGCUCCUGCUCAUGUUACCGCUCCCGCUCCCGCCUUCCCUGCCCUGGCCCCUGCUCUCGCUCCCGCUCCCGCUGCCUACGCCGCCGGGGGGUACCACCGGUGCCCCCAUUGUCACAGGAUGGGCUCCCACCGCCCAGAGGAGUGCCGCUCGGCCCCUCAGAACGGUAAUUACAUGCCCAGCCUGUAUUUGUCUUGCCUCCGGGCUCCGUGUUGCCCCCCCCCCGGCACCACCAUAGCCCAGGUGGCAUCUCAGAUGGCCCCGCAGUCUGCCCGGGCCGGGCCCCGUAACGGAGUCAACAAGAGUCGCCGCCGCCGGGGCAAGAAGCCCACCAAGAAGGCUGAUGAUACCGGGCCAAAGCCCGAUGACAAGGACCCCGGGGCCGGAAGCACCGGCGGGGGUGAGGUGGUGGGAUGA